AUGCCGACGGAGGAAAUUGUGGAGUUGUCGGAUGAUGAUAUAGACCACGGCAUUGAAGACAGAGUGAUAAAAGUAAUGUGCAGAGCUGCGGUGACUCAUAAGUUAAUACGUGAUGUCAUAGUAAGAACGAUUGGUGAAGUAAAGAUUGAAGCCAUUGCUAGACGUUUUUCUGCACGGGAGUACGAAGUAACCAUGGAUACAAAGAGAAUGGUUGUCUAUUUAGAUAUUGAUAAAAAAGACAGAAUCAGAACUGAGUGUAAGUCUUUAAUACAUAGACCUAAAUGUAAGAUCAGAGAUUUAGCCAGGGUGAUUGGUAUCCUAGUGUCUUCAUCCCCAGCUGUUGAACUGGGGCCCAUGCAUUAUAGAUCCUUAGAAAAAGGGAAAAUAAAAGCCCUGAAAUAUAAAAGUGGUGACUUUGAUAAGUCUGUCAAUAUUGAUAAUGAUAUGAAGGUUGAAUUAGGUUGGCGAGGAGUAGACAAGAAGAUAAUUCAGUUAAUGGUGGAUCGAUCUAUUGGUAAUACAACACAGGCUGAAAAGGUAGACGACUACAGGAACCAAAUCAUGUCAACAUUUGGAGAAAUACUGAAAUUUGAUUCUACUAAAAAGAUUUGUCAAAAGAUAUCAGGUGCUGGAAAAGGCACAGCUGAAUGGUGUAUCAAUAUUGGAAAUGAAAACAGCUUAAUUCUCUCCUUUGUUCUCACCUGUAAGGAAUCGACUGAAAAAUUAAAGCCAAUGGCAGAAAGUUUAAUGGACCGUUACAAGACCUUCAUCAGUAGAGAAACUUUUGAGAUUGGAUGCAUGGCACUGGAUCCAUAG